AUGGCGUUCUUCCAACCUUCCCAUGCAAGGACAAAGGUCCCCGCCAUGUCCCCGACAAGGCGCAGGAAACUCGUCUUCUCUUACGCCCCUGACUGGUACGCAAUGAUGACAAUCGCAUUGUUUUUUUCCUUGGAUAAGGUUAAUGGAUAUCGGAGGGUUUUCUCGUUGGAGGACACAUCACUACGCCAUCCUUAUGCAGUACACGAGCGUGUCCCUAACAUCGCUCUGUAUCUCAUCUGCUUCGUAUCUCCACUGCUAAUUCAGCCCGUCAUCAAUUUCUUCACUGUUAGAUCUUGGUGGGACUUUCACAAUGGUUCACUUGGACUUGUUCUUGGUCUAGCUCUUACUGGCUCUGUCACGCAAUUUGUGAAAAUUACAGUUGGUCGUCCUCGUCCUGAUGUCAUUGAUCGGUGCCAACCACCUACAGGAUCCGUAGAUCCCACCUUUGGCCUGUCGAACUGGACAAUUUGCACACAAGCAAGCGAAGCCAUUCUACGUGACGGAUUCCGCAGUUUCCCAUCUGGACACUCAAGCAUGUCGUUUGCUGGACUUGGGUUCCUUUCGUUUUAUCUCGCUGGCAAGCUUCAUUUGUUCGAUAGCCGAGGACAUACGGGCAAAGCAUGGCUUGCGCUCUCUCCCUUCGCAGGUGCAUCCCUAGUCGCCAUCUCCCGAACUAUGGAUUACCGUCAUCACUGGCAAGACGUCCUUGUCGGCUCUAUCCUUGGAACCGUCCUUGCAUACUUCUCAUACCGCCAAUACUACCCCAGCCUAGAAUCAGACCUCUCGCAUCGCCCUUACUCGCCCCGAAUCAAACAUGAUGAAGAGGAUGGUCUUCCCAUUCACGUCAGAACUGGCAGCGAAUCGCAUGCCUUCGCCCACCACGAAUCGCGCACCAAUCCGUUCCUUAAUACACAGGCUAGAGAUCCGGAGAGGUACACCAGUUUUGAUCACACGGAUGCUGAGGACUUUGAACUAGAUGGAACGGUACCGCGCCCUCGGUCUGGGUCAUUGGAAGAGAUUUGGAAAGACGAUGAAACACAUUCGAGGAUGGGUUCUCCUUUCGUCGACCCGUUUGCCACGAAAACAAGCACGGCGUUAUGA